AUGCGAUGUGUGGCUCAUCUCGAGCCUGAGAGUGAAAAAUUAACCGACGGAUAUGUCGCCUCCAACGACCUACUCAGACGACAGGAGCUCAGUAGAGCUGAAGAACUUCCUCCAAGGCUAGAUGCGUUUGAACUGUUCUUGUACAAUAUGGGCUAUUGGACAAAUCGAGGCCGAACAUCUCGUGAUCCACUUGGCUGUCGCAAGAACCCGGAGGACACUGUUCACCGAGGACGAAGGCUUUCUGGCAACAAAGCAGAGCCAUGUUUUGAAGACAACGACUUGAUGACCAGCUUCAAUACCAAACCAGUCAGCAAUCCUGGCCAUUCACUUUUCAUUCCUGCUCACCAUCCCUCUGAACUGAGAUCGAGAGAACUUCGCCGCUAUCAAGAAGCUGUCUAUCAGCGCCUUCUUAUAUUACUCAACAAUUUCAGAAUGAAUCGCCGUACAAAGAACUGGAACGCCCAAGGAAACUUGCGAACGCAUGAUCUUAUCGGGGAUUGGUACAAUGACGAGAAAGAGGUCGAAAGUUCACAAUCUGCCCUGGACACGACGCUGUAG